AUGGGUCGUCUAGCCUCCAAGCUGGUUCGAGGGGCCUCCUUACCCGAGCUCAUUGUCGCCAAUCUCGCGUCGUUGCGCAGCUUUCUCCAGCGAUCCGCUCGUCGUCCACCUUACCCAGAGGAGGAAGGUAUCGAGCUCCCCGAGCUGUCCUCGACAGGGGUGGCUUUGCCUCACCCUGCCCCGGCGAAGUUGAGCAUUCGGCGAUUUCCCGUCGCCAACACCCCGUCGUCACGCCGCUUUCGCCGGCGACUCUCUCGUCAUGCUCCUUCCGUGGAGGAGGAAGGUAUCGAGCUGUCCGAGCUGUCCGAGCUGGCCUCGAUAGGGGUGGCGCUGCCUCCCCGUCCCUCUCCCUCUUCCCCUCCAGAUCCGGCGUGUGGCUUUCGGCCCUCGACCUCUACCUUCACCGGCCCCCCGAGAGUGCACAAGCCCCCCCCCGAGCCGCCCCCCGAGCCGUCCCCCGUGAAUAUCUUCGGGAUAUCCGACGACCCGGGCAACUGGGCCGACCUGGAGGUCGAGACCGAGGACGACCCCGAACCCCCCCGCUCGAAGAUCGGAAAUUUCCUCUCGGCCCUCGGCAACCGCCUGCGCAAACGCCCCGGGCACCCGCGCAUUGCGCACCACCUUCGGAAGUUACAGGGGAUUGCUACGACACGUCACCCCUACCCGAACAACCACAAACUAUUCAACUUCGAUACUAAACCACUUCUGUGCCGUCUUUUUCACCCCCCGGACGCGAACCGGGAAUACCGGGCCGAGCUGAGGCGUCGCCUCUACGACCAGAUGGCCGACGCCCUCUGUUUGGAACUGUGUGGGAUAGGGCCGUGGGCCCCGGUGUCGUGCGGGGACUUUUUCCAGUGGGUGGCCCCCCGCGGGCCACACGGCCGCCCCCUGGGCCGCUGGGCCCAUGAGACCGCCUACCUCCCGCGCGGCUCGUGCGAGAGCGCGCUGCGCGGGGACGACCCGCUCGACACCGCCGCAUUCCCGGACCAGACCGCGAGCCCCUUCUUCCCCGUAUAUGCCCGGCCCUUAUCAAGCUCGCAGCCAGGUCCGGCAUGCGGUGGAAGUAUAAAUGGAACUGCCGCCGGAUCCGCUCUUCUGACUCCGUCGUGCCCCAGCGAGACGGCGACGAUAAGGAGAACUGCUACCGGAUCCGUUCUUCUGGCUCCGUCGCGUCCCGACGAUACGUCGGCGAAAAGGAGAACUGCUGCGGGCCGGGACUUUGCCCGCAACCCUCCCGAGGCCCACGUGCCGCCUAUCCACACAUCAGUUGUGGGAAGGAAGCAUCUUUCCGGAAAAGAAGGGACCCGGCAUCAAUGGUCACGACCUUUUCGGCACCCUGCAUCAUCCAAGGCAUGGGUUCGAAGGAAGCGUCCUAGUCGGCGUUCGAGAUCGAAUCAGUUGCUUGUCGGCCUGCCCUCGGCUUUGCCAUCGAUUCCUGAGGAGGGCUUGGCUGAUAUGUUAAUGCAGCAAAUAUACGAUCUGCAAGACCAGAUGUUGUCGGACACCAACAGUUAG